AUGGCAACCCGUUCCCGGACGGCCUCUCAAGCCCAAUCCCCCUUCGAUUCGGGACACCUGGAACCCCAGCUUCCGCCAACCUCCUCUAUUGAAUAUGGCGAAGUCUCCCUUGAACGAGUCACCCGACUCCUCCUUGGCCUGCUUGGCCAAGUUGAGCGCCUCGAGCGAGAAGUCGCCGAGAUUAAGGAAGCAGGGAUCGAGACCCGGACAAACGUCAAAAACAUCUCACAAACCGUCGAUGUUGUCAAGGAUGGUCUCAAGUCCCUCCAACUCCAAGGCCCCCGCACACCCGAAGGACCCCAAGCCAAGGCUGUGGAAGAAACGCCACGCCCCCUACCAAAAGCCAAGCCUAUUGGAUCGACUAGUGGGGUCUCCUUCUGGGCAGAACCACCCAGGGCACUCCCAGGCCUCGCCCAACCUACCCCAAGAAGAGCCGCACCCCCGCGAGUCCCGUCUCCCCCUCCAUCUCCGCGUCUCCGAUCCCCCAUCAGAGCCCCUGUCCCUCCUCCACCGGCUCCAGUUGCCGCAUACCCUGCCCCGGUCAAAGUAGACCAUCCAGAUGCCUACACAGGCAAGAUCGGGAGCGAAGCCAAGCAGUGGCUCACAAGGAUGCUGGCUUGGACCCGGCUCAACGCGCGCAUGUUCCCCACGGACCAAGAGGUCCUAUCUUUCCUUCUAAUGAACAUGAAGGACUCAGCAGGCGCAUGGGCCCAUCCACACCUCGACCAGCUUGGAUCACACCGGGCCAUUAUCCAAACGGUCGAGGGUUUCAAGGUGGAAUUCCUGGCAGCAUUUGGCGACCCUGACGCCACAAGGGCCGCCGAGCGGAAAAUCACAACCCUCACCCAGUCCGGCACCUGCGCGGACUAUAUUACGAAGUUCAGGACUCUUGCCAUGGAACUGGACUGGAACGACGCGGCCCUUAGAGGCCAAUUCGCCCGUGGCCUCCAUUGGGAGGUCAGCCGUCAAAUCGCGACCCGCGAACACAGGCCCCGCACACUCCUCGAGCUGCAAAAUGCAGCACUCGUCAUCGACAACGCUCUCCGUGAAGAGCGCGCUAGCCACCCGCCAAGGGAUACUAAGUCUAGCAAGCCACAAAAUCCCGCAAGGGGGACGAGUACCGGUCAGUCUAAUACCGGUUCAAAAAAACUCUCCGAUGAUCCCAACUUCGUAUCGGAGGAAGAAAGAAAUCGCCGCCGCGCCGCCGGCGCCUGCAUCAAAUGCGGCAAAAUGGGCCACAAAUUCGCGGAAUGCCGCACGGGCUGGAAGGCUACCCCGAUUGAGGAUAAGGGGAAGGCCAAGGAAACCGCCAAAUUUGGCGAAGACUCUGAAUCCCAAUCGGGAAAAGAUAAUUGUAUAGAGAUUUGUCAUGUAUCUACUGCCUCGAAAUCUUCACCACUUUUUACCAUCUCUAUACAACCAAAGCAAGCGGAACCAAUAGAAGUCCUGAUUGAUUCAGGCGCCACAUCAUCCUUCCUACAUCCCCGUACAGCGGAACUACUCCGCCUUCCUCUAAUAGACCUUCCCCAACCACGCACCGUUACCAUGCUCGAUGGGUCGAGCCCCCAGGCUGGCAAGAUCUGGAAGAAGGCUAACCUAACCUUCUCCUUCGAUGGCAAACGUAUGACGGAGACCUUCCUUAUCUGCAAUACAGGGUCUCAUGCCGCUAUCUUAGGAUUGAAAUGGUUGGAUGCCCAUAACCCAGAGAUUGAUUGGAAUCUGCGUACCCUCUCCUUCCCCCACACACCACCAGAACAGGUUGCCAUCGCUGAGGAAGAAGAAGCUGAUAAAAACCCUCUUGAAGGAGUACCCCCCAAAUACCAUCAAUACGCCAAGGUAUUUGGAGAAGAAGAAUUCAACAAGCUUCCUCCUCACCGGCAUUACAACAUUGGAAUUGAACUCACGGAAGAAGGACCCUUGAAUUCACCCCUCUAUAGUAUGACCAAUGUCGAAUCGGCCACACUCAAGGAUUGGCUUAAGGACGAACUCAAAGCUGGGAAGAUCCGUCCCAGUAAAUCACCCAUUAGCUCCCCCGUUAUGUUCGUCCCCAAGAAAGAUGGCUCCCGCCGUUUGGUUGUAGACUACCGUCGCCUUAAUAACCGGACCAAGAAGAACGUUUAUCCCCUACCUCGUCCUGAUGACUUAAUGGCCCAACUCCGUGGCGCCAAAGUCUUCACUAAAUUAGACCUACGAUGGGGUUACAAUAACGUCCGGGUUAAGGAGGGUGACGAGUGGAAAACGGCUUUCCGCACCAAGUACGGCUUGUAUGAGUCCCUGGUUAUGACUUUUGGUUUAACAAACGCCCCCGCCGCCUUUCAGCACUUCAUGAACGAGUUGUUCAAAGACUUGUUGGACGUAUGCGUCAUCAUAUACUUAGAUGACAUCCUAAUCUACUCUAAGGAUGACGCAUCCCACACUCAACACGUUCAUGAGGUCCUACGGCGCUUACUCGAGAACCAACUGUUUUGCAAGGCUUCCAAAUGCACAUUCCACAUCACCUCAGUGGAAUACCUAGGGAUAAUCGUGUCGGACAAGGGAUUCAGCCUGGACAAGCUCAAAAUCCAGGCAGUUCAGGAAUGGCCUACACCAACUAAAGUCAAGGAAGUACAGUCGUUCCUGGGUUUUGCAAACUUCCUACGCCGCUUUGUGGCCAACUUCAGUCACAUGGCCCGGCCGUUACACAACUUGGUCAAAAAGGACACGCCCUGGAAAUGGGACACGAAGGAGCAAGAAGCAUUCCAAGGCCUGAAAGACGCUAUCACCAAUGCCCCGGUACUCUGCCACGCCGACCCCUCCAAACCUUACUUUCUGGAAACAGAUGCCUCCGGCGCAGCACUAGGUUCCAUACUAAGUCAACGCCAGGAAGAUGGUCGCCUACACCCCCUAGGUUUCUUGUCAGAAUCGUUCAAAGGUGCCGAACAGAACUACGACACCCACGACAAAGAACUGUUGGCAAUUAUCCGGUCCUUUGAGUACUGGCGCAUAUUCCUGGAAGGCACUACGCAUCCCAUCACCGUUUUACCAAUCACCGCAAUCUGGAGAUAUAACUUCCAGAUCGUGUACAGACCAGGGAAACAGUCCAGGAAACCAGACGCAUUGUCACGACGAGCGGAUCACGCCAAUAUUCCUCCUGAACCUCAAUCCAUGCUCCCAGAACCAGUCUUUGCCAACCUCGCCCUGAUAACGCCGGAAAAGGAACUACAACGCCAAAUUGAACAGUCUCUCGACCAAGACGAGUCUCUGGAAGAAAUCCUUCAAUUCCUCCAGAACGAAUCAAAAGCACCCCCUUCCAUCAAACGCGCUUUCAAAGAUUAUGAAAUGGAAGCCGGGUUAUUGUUCUAUCAAGGUCGCAUUGUAGUCCCAGAUGUGGGCACCCUGAGAACGGAUCUGCUGCGGAUAUUCCAUGAUAGCCCCUUAGCCGGACACCCUGGUAGACAGCAAACCUUGGAACUGGUGUCACGUAACUACUACUGGCCAGGAAUACGCGCAGAUACGUAUUGGCACGUGGAUUCCUGUGAGACAUGCCAACGAAUCAGAAAACCCAAAUACGCGUCAAUUCCCCCACAGCCGCUCGAGCUCCCAUCCAGGCCAUGGCAACACGUCUCCUAUGACAUGAUUGUAGACCUACCAAAGGAUGGAAACCACGACUCCAUCUUGGUCAUAAUAGACAGCUUCACCAAGUAUGGGAUCUUUGUCAAAUGUUCUAAGAAGCUGAAGGCACCUGAGCUAGCAGAGCUCUUCCUAGAACACGUGUGGAAACGCCACGGCAUGCCCGAAAAAACGAUCUCUGAUAGGGGAAGGGUGUUCAAUAACAAGUUCCUGAGAGCACUGUACAAGCGGCUAGGGAUAGAUCCCCAUUUCUCAUCGGCAUAUCAUCCACAGAGCGACGGUCAAACUGAGCGGGUCAAUCCUUCAAUCGAACACUUCCUCAGGGCUUACUCAGGGGUCAACCAACGGGACUGGACCAAGUGGCUCCCAAUGGCAGAAUUCGCGUAUAACAACGCCGUCCAUAGCAGCACGGGCAAAACCCCCUUUAAAGCUCUGUAUGGAUGGGAGCCUACCUUAACCCCGUCCAACAUACCAACGGACGUCCCAGAAGCAGACAGUCUAGCCCAAACAAUGGAGGCCCAAUGGAAGGAGGUAGAAUCCGCCCUCCGGCAAUCUAAACAACGAAUGGUAGCCGGGGAAGAUGGUAACCCAACGGAGUUUGAGGUCGGAGAAGAAGCAUGGCUUGAUGCUAAGAACGUUAACCUCAAAACCCUAAGCCCCAAGCUCACAGAACAACGCUUAGGACCGUUCAAAAUCAUUGAGAAGAUCUCCGACCGCGCGUACCGCCUUGAACUCCCUCCUACCAUGAGGAUCCACAAUGUCUUUUAUGUAGGACUCCUGUCUAAAGUCAAAAGGGACAAAAAACGGGCGUUUGAGAACCGCCCGCCGCCAGUCACCAUAGACGGAGAAGAGGAAUACGAGGUCGAGGGAAUCACCGAUGCCAAAGAAAGGGAUGGGAAAUGGUUCUUCCGAGUCAAAUGGAAGGGAUACGGGUCCAAGGAAAACACAUGGGAACCUCGGGAAAACUUGAAAAAUGCGGAAAAAAUUUUAGAAAAAUACGAGAAAGAUAUGAAAAAGAAGGCCCUCGGCGCUGCCAAGGCCCUUAGAGGGGGGGCAGUGUCGUAG